AUGGCCCGCAGUAUACUGAGACAACUUGGCGUGCUUGCUAUCGUCUUCUUGGACCUGGGUCAAUGGAGCAAAGUCGCCGCCGCUACGACAGUAGCAUCUGCUGCGAAUUCAGUCUCUGGUCCUGUGACCAAGCGAGAGGCGCCGCUGUUCGAAUGGGAGACUGUCCACCUGUCCCGAUCGAGGCUCGACGCUCUCGAGGCCACCAACGAUGCUGCGCUGUUCUCGUCCAACGACAAGGCCAAGCGUGCAAGUAGUUCAGGAGACUGCAAAGUCUUUCCAGGGGAUGUCGAUUAUCCAAGCCAGGAGAUGUGGGACCAGUUGAACUCCCUUUCGGGUGGUGCUCUGAUCAAGACCGUGCCCCUGGCUGCCGCUUGCGAUCCUGAAUGGCCGCAGUAUGAUCCAGUCGAAUGCCAAAGGAUCCAGGAUACCUGGAUGGAUCCCAACCUACACGUCUCACAUCCAACUUCGGCCAUCUGGCCACUCUACCAAGGCCUCACCUGCCUACCGACUGGACACCGCAUCGGGAAUGAUACGUGCACUCUGGGCGGCUAUGCCUCGUACUCGGUCAACGUCAGCAGUGUGGAGCACAUCCAGCUGGCGAUGAAAUUUGCGCGCGACACCAACAUGCGGCUCGUGGUCAAGAACACAGGGCACGACUUUGCUGCCAAGUCUGUUGGCGCAGGUGCCUUGUCCAUCUGGACGCACAACCUGGAUGACAUUGUGUUCCUGAGGAACUACAGUUAUGGUGGGUAUAGCGGACCGGCCUUCAAGCUCGGUGCUGGGGUGAUGGUGUACCAGAUUUACGAGGCAGCCGAGAAGGAGGGGGUUUCUGUCGUUGGUGGGCUGUGUUGGACAGUCGGAGUUGCAGGAGGCUACACUGCUGGGGGUGGUCACUCCAUGUUGACUAGCAUGUACGGGAUGGGAGCAGAUCAGGUGCUGUCGAUGGAAGUGGUCCUCCCAAACGGCACAUUCACCACAGCCAGCCAGACCCAGAACCCUGAGCUCUUCUGGGCACUCCGCGGCGGCGGUGGAGGCACCUUUGGCGUGGUGACAUCCAUCAUUGUCGUCGCCCAUCCAAAACUGCCCGUCACCACAAUGACCUUUACCCUGUCCACCGGCCCAGAGCUCCCACGCGACACCUUCUGGGCCGGCAUCCGAGCCUUCAUGUCACACUACGUCGAGUUUGCCGACGCGGGAACCAUGAGCUACUUCUUCAUGAGGAAAAACCUGACCACGGGCGUCACCUCCUUCAUCCUCCAACCCUUGUGGGGCGCCAACCACACCCGCGCCCAGCUCGAAGGCCUCGUGGCCCCAUGGCUCGCGGACCUCGCGGACCUCAACAUCGCCGUGACCCCCAACAUCACCGAGUUCGAAAGCGUCCUCCCGGCCUGGGUGGCCAACUUCCCGCUCGACCAGGUCGGCCGCACCGACGGACACGGCGGGUCGCGGCUCCUCCCGCGCCCCAACUUUGCCGACGAGGACAGGCUGAACGCCACGGUGGCGGCGGUGCGGCACGCCGUCGAGUCGGGCGCCUUCAUGGUCGGGUACAACAUCAAGGUCGGCGGCGCGUCCGUCGCCGGCCCCAACGCCGUCAACCCGGCCUACCGCGCCGCCUACGGCUUCUUCAUCCUCGGCGCCAGCUGGGACGAGACGGGCGACGGGUUUUGGGAGGCCAACGCGCGCGCCAGCGAGGUGCUGACCACGGACUGGGUCGCGGGCCUGAGGGACCUCAGCCCCGGGUCCGGGACCUACCUGAGCGAGAGCGACAUCAACGAGCCAGACUGGCAGUUUUCCUUCUGGGGUGAGCAUUACGGCAGGCUAUUGACGCUGAAGAGGGAGCUGGACCCGGAUGGCUUGUUUUACGUCCCGCAGGGGGUUGGGUCCGAGGAGUGGACCGUGACGGGCCAGAGGGAGUGGGUUCCCACGCAGAACGGAAGGCUUUGUCGAGUGUGA